AUGUACUUCAACAACGCCAAAAUUCUAACCGCUUUCGCCUUCACUGGCACCAUUGCAUCAGUGGCCUCAGCUGGCAACAUCUCGCGUGGUGGAGAUGAAAAGGAUCUUGAAAACAAGCACCAAAUUCAUGGUAAGGGUACCAAUUCCAAGAACGACGACAACCACGGCAAAUACGAUGAGCAGGACAAGCUAUCCCAUGAAGAGGCGCUCAAGAAGCACAGCGAAGAGGACGAAAAGCAGAUCAAGCUGAACAAUGAGGCUGCUAAGAAGAACAGAGUGGAUGUCAAGAACCAGAAGAUAGACGAGUACUGGAAGUCUGACAAGAAUGACAACCAAUACGAAAACGAUUCCCGCAACAUGAAACAUGACUCCACCAAGUACGAAAGCGACAAGAAGCAUGACUCUGGCCAGCACGACAACGACAAGAAGCAGGGUGCAGAUGCAGGUGCAGGUACUGACAAAUACGAGACUGUAAAAAAAGCAGCUAAUCAACACGGCAACAACCGCGAUUACAAGGAUGAUUACGAGAAGGACUACAAGAACGAUUUCAAAGGUGAUAGCCACCACAACAAACACAACAAAGAGUCAUACAGAGGACAGCUCAGGCAGCACCAAAAGGAGUUGGAAAAGCUGCUCAGGGAAUAUCAGAAGAAAGCUGAUGGCAACAAUUAUGCCCACAAUGAUGACAAGAAGGAUGAUAGCAAGUCUGAAAGCUACUGGAUGAGUAACAAAGGCCACAAGGAUCAAGAAUCUAGCAAGCACGAUAACACUGAAAAGAACCAACACCACCACUACAACACUGGUAAGAAGAAUGACUCUCACCAUAACUACAACGACAAGAAGAAAGGUGCUGCUGCUGGCAAUUACGAUACUGGUGAGAAGAUGCUAAACAUCGACAAAUACGUAAACCAUGACCCAGGCAAAAAGAACGAAAAUCAGUACGGCACCGGCAAAUAUGACGACAAAAAGGAUAAUCAUAAGUACAACGACCCGCUAGAUGAUAAGAAAUACUAA